AUGAUGGGUAAGAAUAUGGGUUUCCGCACCUACGUGGCACUCACCUACGUCGGUUUCAACAUUGUCGGUUUCGUCGUGAACUUAUGGGUCCUCUACGUAAUUGCACCCUUGCUGUUCGCUCCAGCAGUCAAGGUGCCGAAAAGCAUUCUGUUCUUCAUUUUCGCUUUGGUUAUCGGCGAUUUGACCACUAUGAUCGCAAUGCUGCUGCUGAUCAUAGAGCUCGUGUUUGGUACAUGGCGAUUCAGUACUGCCACAUGUACUUCAUACCUUGUGCUGGAUUCUAUGAACAAAUUUGUCGCUCCAAUCAUCGUGUUUCUGAUCAGCAGAACCUGCUACACCACCGUUUGCCUUGACAAAGCCAGGGGAGAGCGAGCUGCCACUCUGAAGGUAGGUACAUACUUUGCAUAG